AUGGCGUCUACCACGGCUAUGGACGUUCUGGAGGAGCUAUCUUCGGAUAGUUCCGAAAACCAGGUACAACCAAGAAAGCCUGAGAAAGCCAAAAGGAAAAAGGACAGACCAAAGAAAGAGGGGCCGGAGAAGAAGGCCAAGAAAGAGAAACAGGAAAAAGCAAAGCCGGAGAAAAAGCCGAAGAAGAAGCCAGAAAAAGAGAAGCAGAAGGGAGAGAAGCUGGAGACGAAACCCAAGAAAGACAAGCGGGAGAAAGCGAAGCCGAAGAAGAAGCCGGAGCAAGAGAAGCCCGAGCAAGAGAAGCCCGAGCAAGAGACUCCUGAGCAGGAGACUCCUGAGCAGGAGAAGCCUGAGGUGCAGUGUCGUCGUCGCUCACUUCACCAAAGCAUCAGGGAAGAUGAGCGUAGAGCCCGUCUGAUCAGACGCCGUAAGAACAGCUUCGCUAUCUACUUUCCCAAGGUGCUGAAAAAUAUCCAUGUGGGUCUCUCCCUCUCGCAGCGGUCUGUGAACAUCCUGGAUUCAUUCGUAAAGGAUAUGUUUGAAAGAAUUGCAUCCGAAGCCAGUUUCUUGGUGCGUCAAGCCAGAAACUCUACUAUCAACUCCAGAGAGAUCCAGACCGCUAUCCGACUUCUGCUUCCUGGCGAGCUCUGCAGGCGUGCAGUGGCUGAAGGAACCAUGGCGAUGGUCCGGUAUAUCUCCAACAAGUAA